AUGUCCAUGGACGAGGAGGGGAGCAGACUGCAGCUUUAUGUUGCAGGCCAGGUGCUCAGUAUCAGCACCUUGCUGCAAUUACUCGAAAGAGAAAAUGCGCAAAGACGAGAAUUCAAGCAGUCAGCACACCACCAGGAGGUGAUGACCAAGUUAGAUCACCCCAAAACCGCUAUUUCCGGUGUCCAACAAAACUUGGGCAUAAUGACAAAUCCCAUGCGAAUAAAACUAGAUCUGGCUGACUCGGAUUCAAGUUACCAUUGGCUCGUUCUAGCGGUACAAGCCGGAGAGCUUUACAGGCUCUGGCAGAGGACUCGCUAA